AUGUCUCCUCUCUGUGAGGCUAUCAUUAAAGCCUUCCACAAUUACACUACCCAGACAAUAUUGUACAUUGGCUCCCCCGAGAAGUUACAAGGGGCUCGAAACCACCUCAAGAAGUUGAACAUCUCAAAAAGGGACAUUGCAAUUCUAUCACCACAGACCCGAAAUGACCCGACCGCAAUUUGGAUGAGGAAUCCUUGUGGCAACACAGACCCUUACUUGGUUGCCCGCCACGAGAUUGACGGCCUUCGAGUCCUGUCCCAAAGAUUGAAGGCAGAAAUCUCACUUGAAAUUGAAGUUUCAAAGAAUCCGUUGCAUCACAGCGUUCGAGUAAUGCGAUAUUUGGAGGACUCCGUGGAUAAUGUUCGUUUCUUCCAUGCAUUUUCACAAAUCAACACCGAGAAGGAGGACCAGCAAGGGCUGGACGGGCUGGCAAGCCCCGAAGAAAUACAUCCCAUGUACAACAAAUGGAUCUCUGGAACACGACUUGAAGACUUGGGUAUCAACGUAAACCCAGAGUACCUGGACAUAUGGGAGCAAGAGCCGGAAGUGCGCUAUGAGAAGCUUGCAGCAUGGGAGUCUGAUAUCAGGAGCAUCCAGACCCAAAAGUUAGCUCCAUUGAUGAAAGAUUACGAUCUGUGCCAGCUAAACCUGGACCAUCACAACACCAAGAAUGGACUGGAAAUCUCAAACAUUUGGGCCAAAAGGCUUGUACUCUGUGACUCGAAGAAUAUCUCAUCAUGUUUGCCAGAACUGUCCUGCAUCAUGGCUGACACGGUAUUGGUGCAAGGGGCAGAUGAAAUAGACGAGGCUUGCAUACUAGCGCUUCUACCACCAACGGCAAAGAGGCUUGUGUUGAUCAAAAAUGAACAUAGCUGGAAGAGUAACUUCGCAGAGGAAGGCAAGACUCUGGCGCUGGAGCUAAGCCCGAAUUCCUUAUGGAACAGGCUGGAGGCUGGAGGGUUUCCUGUCACUCAUCUUCCCGCCGAAGAACAGAACCAAGGGACCCCGGGACUAUUGCAAGGCACAUUCAAAGCCCCCAUUCCCCUUUUCAACCUGCAAGAGAGGUUAGAAAGAAGCGAGGCAUGGAAAUCAUUACAGAAAAUGGUAGGCCUGGACAAUGUCAAGAGUAGAGUGCGCCUUUUGGUCCAAAGAGAAAAGUUCAACGCGCAGCGGAAAAGCGAUGGUCAGUUGACUGUGGUCAACUCACUUAACGGGGUCCUCAUGGGCCCCCCCGGGAGCGGCAGGACUACGGUGGCCAGGCUCUAUGGCCAGAUUAUGGCAGACUUGAAUCUACUCAGCCCAGGCAAUUGUAAGUACCUACUGGUACGCGACUAUUAUUUUUUGCUUCAAUCAGAUUUUAUACUAAUAUGUGCUCAAACUCCAGUGAUAGAGACAAGCGGCACCAGUCUGAUGGGUAAAUCUAUCGAGCAAACCGAAGACAACAUUCGAAAAGCCAUCGAAUCGGCUGUAGGAAACGUUCUCAUAAUCGAAGACGCGUAUUACUUAUGGGGCGGAAAGAGGAAUAGUGACAGAUUUUACAAAGCGGCAAUUGACACCUUGGUAGGCUGUGUGUCGGGAUUCGGACCAUCGAACCAGUGUGUACUGCUUGUCGGGUACGAGGAUCAGCUCGAGGAGAUGAUUCGCCACGCCAAUCAACGCUUGUCGCGUCAGUUUCCACUGGAAUCUGCAUUCCGGCUCGCAGAAUAUUCGGUCGUGGAGUUGGAACGGAUUCUGGACCUCCAGCUGGAAGAGGGUCACAUUUCUUGUUCAACCGAGGCAAAGUCUGUGGCAACGGACAUGAUUCGCCGUGCUAUGUUAUCUCCCCGCUUUGUGAAUGCUCGAUACAUUCAACAACUUCUGAAGAACGCAAUCUCAUCUUGCAAAAGACGAUGUUUGUCUGACCCACAAUUGAAUCCAACAAUCCUGGUACCAGAAGACUUUCAAAGGGUUUGGAACCGGCCCCUUGAUGCCGAAGCAGAAUGUAGAAAGGUCUUUGAGGGAUUUGUUGGUUGUGAUUCAAUUCUUACGCAGCUAUUGAAUGAUGCAAGAGUCGCCAAAAUGUCUAGUGCGCGGGGUCUUAGCAUGGGAGAUUUCGUUCCAUUCAAUUAUAUUUUCCGAGGGGCCCCAGGAACUGGCAAGACGACGAUCGCACGGCGAAUGGGCGAAAUACUGUUCCACAUGGGUCUUUCGACUACUUCUGAAGUAAUCGAGUGCUCGUUCUCCGAUCUCAUUGGACAUGACAUGGGCCAUGACGGGUCCAAAGUCAUUGAGGUCUUUGACCGUGCCUUAGGCAAAGUUCUUUUUAUUGAUGAUGCAUCUCAACAUCAAGAGACUGGGUAUUAUUGGAGAGACCCAGUCAUUGAUAUCGUAGAGGCCUUGCAGAGCCCACAAUUUAAGGAGAAGAUUUUCGUUAUCUUGGCUGGAUACGAGCGUAAUAUGGACCGAUUACUCUCCACUCAUUUCACCUUACGAAGCCAGUUCAACCGAAUCAUGACAUUUGAGAGUUUGACCGGGGAGCAGUCUGCACAACUGCUAGCUCAGAUUCUCAACAAGAACAGCACCCUGGAUGCUUCCGAAAUCGGGGUGCCUACUUAUGAGACACACUGGGAACUGUGCGAACUCUUCACUUCCUUGUCUCAGAAAGCCGGAUGGGCAAAUGCCCGCGAUGUCCAUACACUGUGUGAUGAUAUUGUUCGCAUGGUUUCGCUGGGUUUGCAAAGCCCUGAUCAGCCUCUGAAGGUCACUAUUGAGGUGGUAUAUGAGGCUUUGCGAAAGAUGAGGGAGCUCCGGGAUGCAUGUGAUGAUCUACCUGCAGGCAUGCAUUUCACGUCCCAUGUUCGCUACUAG